AUCCUAGCAACCACAAACGCUAGCAUUCUCUCGGACAGUGACAGUUCCCUUCUUCGGGUAGGUCGGAUCGUUUGUUUUGCUUGUGUGGAAGAUGGACGCUUCAUCCGAGGAUCAAACCAAAAAGGAGGUUAAACCCUCAAUCUUAAGUUUAAUCUCACCGCAGCGUAAGGAGCCCAAAGAAAUGUGUUACUUCAACAGCAAGACAAAGCUCACUGAAGUGUCCAUGUUUGACCGAAUGUACCGCAACAUUGAGGAAUUCGAUACGAAGAUGCAAUACCACACCCAGAAGCACUCGAGAGAGCGGGGACUGGACAUAAACGAGGAGGAGAAGUCCAGACCUGUGGCUCUUCUGUCGUCUUCGGAAUAUGGCCGUCGUUUCAAUUCAACCAUCAACCGAACAGCGAAGCGGCACCCACGCGUGGCUUUGAUCAAAUCCGAUUUUUACAGGAAAAGCGGGAUCAUCUGGAGUAUGGCAGAAGGAUAUGGGUCAGUGGUUCCACUCUGAAAGCUCUGUCCCACCCUGACAUACAAGGUUCCUUCCAUCUUCACAUAAUAAAUGUGUUUUUCACCGGGUU